GGAAAUAUUGUCGCGCCAAUAUUUUUUGAAACGUUUAAAAAAGCCAGCUAUCCUCAUCGAUUUGCAUUGAUUGACUUUCUUCCCUACACUUCUCAAACAAAAUAAUAACAAUAACAACAACAUGGUUGGCGACUGCUGUCUUAUCCUAAUAAUCAUCUUACUGCCUCCUUUGGGUGUAUUCCUGAUGCACGGCUGUGGUGCAGAUUUCUGGAUUAAUUUGUGUUUGACUCUUCUCGGUUAUCUUCCAGGUCACAUUCACGCAUUCUAUCUAUUGAUCAAGCAGAGAGAUGAAAAGAGACUUCAAGGAGGCUAUCCUGUUGGUGGACCAGGAUAUGGGGCUGUUCCUAAUUAAACCCUUUACACGAUAAUGGAUACCCAUACUUAGUUAAUAUGACAAGCACCAGUUUUACAACCUCAAUGUCAUACUUUGUAUAUGUAUAUAUAAAUUUUUGAUACUUAAUAUAUAUAUAUAUAUAUUGUACAGUAAAGAUAUCAGAAAACAAAUCUUUAAAUAUACUCUUAAUAUCUUUGUGUUUUGGGUAUCUCUAACUUUUAAACAAGUAUAUCUCCUU